GCGGUGGAGGAACAACGAUGACGAUGGCUACAUCAAUCACGACAACGGUCGCAACAACUCCGACUGGAAACAACAAUAGUCUGAUUGAUUCGCGAGGCUGCGCCAAGCCACAGAAGAAGGUAAUUCAACCAUCAUUAAGAGAAAUCGCAACUGAGACUAAACUAGAGCACACCCCUGCAUGCUGAUGAUGCUGCUUUUUGAACUAAACUGUCGGAAAUCAAAGAGCAUAACGCAGAGGCACGCUGACCUGCUGCGGCUGUAGAGUGUAGGGCCACGUCUGGCGGGAGUGAACGUGGUGAAAAUCAAUUUCGGCCGGGUCAAAACCAUAAAUCACUGUCGGGUUUCUGCGUGCGCUAAUGAUAAAUAGUGGUCUUGAUGAAUGGGAGUUUUUCGAUGACAACUUGUUUUGCGGUUUAUUGGAUUUAGUAUUUUUAUUUCAGCAAUUUUUGGCAGAAUUGUUGGUAAUCAAUAAGUACGAAUUACUAGGUGUUUCAUCUAAUUUUACUGAACGUUAGUAAUGUGUUGCUUGAUGCGUCCAGCUUAGAAAAUAUUCAGCAAUGUUUAGUACAAUUAUUAAAUAUUGAAAAAAAUAUUUCAACUUCAAACAUUUCAAACAAAUUGAAAUAUUGUACAGAAAACAUUGAAAAUUGAAUGCUUUGUCGUACAUAACUAUAGCUCGUAUCUCGAUAAUCACACGAAAUUGAAACGACUAGGUAAAUGGUUGCAAUUACCUCACCUCAAAUAAUUCAGUUAUCUGCUGCCUGCUGUCUCCUUCAGAUAACGAUCUUGAUCUUGCGCUGCAAAAGAUACAGAAGACCUUGUCAGUUCUGUCUGCACCUAGGACGCAUAGUCGAUGUCGUCGUUCACCCUUUCGAUUGUGUGGACCUACUCCAUAAAUGCGAAGAAGGCGGAAACGGCAAAGUCAAUUCAGACGACGACCACGACACUGACUUCUUAAUAGUGGCUCACUUAAGCUAGCUGUACAGUAUGCGGCAGGAAAAAAUGCGAAAGUGUUUUUCAACUUCAAACCUCAUUUUCGUCCAUUUGACAUUAACCAAUCUAUGUUUCAACGUUCCAUGAUCUAUAAUAGGCUAGUUUUCUGAAAAGUUAAUUAAAAAAUUUCCCAUUUUGGUCACUAACCUUUACAGGGCGGCGCCUGAAGAUGAAGACAACCAGAAUUUUCAAACCGCAGAAAAUCGCACAGGUCGCUAAAUUUCGCAUCUGAUAAAACCAAAUUUUUGAUUUUCUCUACAAUAUCAUCAAAUAUAUGUACUUAUUUCAUCUGGUAUGUGAAACUACAUGGCUCUGGAUCAGUGUGGUCUGGUUGUUCAUAGAAUUUGAGCUAGUUUUGUUACUGUUAUAGUCAUUUUGUUUAAUGACCAUUGGGCGCGCAGUUUAUUGAUAUCCGCUAAUUAGGCCUACAUUAUCACAUGUUAAACAUCAAAUGUGUUCAUUUUUAUUUUUCAGUGCUAGAAUAUAGACAUUGACUGAUACACUGUCAUGAAAAAAUAGUAAUAUAUAUCCCAUAUUUAGCGUGUAAUAGUGCCUUGAACUUUUCGCAUUUUUUCCUGCCGCACCCUGUAGUGUAUAUCAUACAGAAACAGAAAUACUGCAGCGAUCGUAUGAUCAGCUACUGCUCUGCUCGGUCAAUGAUCGUUAAUUAGACAUAAUUAAAUCCGCUUUUGCAUCGUCGCACAUAUGUGCGAAUUGUGGUACUGCAGUGUCGUUGGUGUUGUCGCGUUCAGACAACCCAGAAGGUUAACUCUGAAAUCUUAUUAAAUUUUCAUGUCGCAUGAGUUUAUGAGUUGGCACUGGGAGAAAUUGUUACGAAAAUAUGUUUAAGGAAUACAGACUACAAUAAAUUCUGUUUUUACGCCAUUGAUGCGUCAUUAUACAAUGUUCGCGUAUCUUCGAAAAAUCGCGCAAAAACAGGCGUUCCGCAAAUGGUCAAAAUCGCUUGAAAAGCGUCGCUUGAUUUCGGGAAAAACGCAUAAAAAAUUGUGCCAAAUUAAAUCGCAUUAUACACCAAGCAAUGGGAAAUCACUCAAGAUGACCACUAGCGUAAGCAGUUUUUUUUUUUCUCACUUAUGAAUACAAGGAAGAGCAGGAUGAAAAAAGGGGCCAAGGUCCUGGAGGAAUUCAAGAAUGCUCUUAGUCGAAUCCUUGAGUGAAUCCUGGGAGUUAUCACUGAAGUGGCCUCAGAAUAUUUUAGACAAGUAGGAAAAAUUUUAAGAGGAAUGUCGAGAGAAAUCCUGAAAAAAAAUCCCUGAACUAAUCUCUGAUGGAACCCCGGGAGAAAUCCUUGAGGUAUUCCUAGGAGAUAUCCUUGCUUCAAGUCCCUCAAAUCAUUGAAAAAAACAGGGAAAUGUGUUAUAAGGAAUCUUUAAAGAUCAUUAUCCCUUCUAAGAUGUUAGAUUUUUCGCACCACGGCGGUGAAGUGCACGUUCAGCGUGUCUGUCUGGCUCAUAUUGACCCCAACACCCUUCUAGGGUUAAAUAAUUUACAAGAUCCCGCGGAAAAUCUCCGUAGACAUCUCAGGAAGAAUUAUGGGAGGAAUCCUGAGAAGAAUUCCAGGAGCAAACGGUUGGUGGCUGCAAGAAUUCCGGAAGUGAAUCCUUGAUGAAUCCUUUGAAGAUUGCUUGAUUGGUGAAAUUUUAAGAGCAAUCCCCGAAAAAAAAAUCCGAGAAGAGUCCUGUGAAGAAUUUCUCGAGUAAUUCUGGAAGGAGUCCCUGGUGGCGAAAAUGCUUUCGGCACCUGGCAUCGUUUGACUCAUUUGUCUAUAACUCAGUUCAGAAACCUAAUCGUGCCUACGAUGUAAAGUGCUAGUAACACCUACUCAUACUAAACGUUCGAAAAAUCCGAUGAAGAGGCAAGAAAUAAAGAAAACUACCCAAAGUUUUGCUCAAACAGCAUCAAAUUAGGCAAAUAAUCAUAAUGCUCACGCUUUUUGCGUCAUUUUAUUGCAGAAACGGAGAACUUACCUUCUCACCAUACAAAAAUUCAGCUCAUUACUACAAAUCUAGUACUUCAUGAUUUCGUCGGUUUUCCUUAGACAAUGUGAUUAAAUAUAAAAUGUGAGUUCGCAGACGCUAAGAAAUGUGCUAAAUUUUUAUCGGGAUUUGUACAGCAAUUGUACAGGGAUUAUUCUAGAAAUUCCUCUAGGAGUUCAUACUGAGAUUCAUCUAGAAAUUACUAAAUGGAUUAUAUUGGCCUAUUUUAGUUUCUUUUGGAAUGUCUUCGGCUGUUUUUUUUCUGAGAUUCCCACAAGGGAUUCUUGGAGAAAUGUUUUCCCUGAAAGAAUUAUUGGAGGAAACUCGGAAGUAUCUUGUAGAAAAUUCAUUAAGAAAUUGUAUGAGGAAUUCGUCGAACAACCCCUGUAAGAAUUGUAUAAGGAAUUUAUGGAUGAAUUUCAUACGGAUCUUCUGAAGUAAUUUUGUAUGAAUUCCAAUAACAAAAUCUUCUUGAAGGAUUUCGUAACAAACUCCGAGAGGACUUCCAUUGCAUAGAUUUGCGAAAAUUAAAAAAAAAACUGUUAAAACAAAUCCGGAAGCAAUUUCUAAAGGCAACCCGGUAAUACAUAGUUUCGAGAGGAAUCCCUGAAGAUAUUGCUGGAAGAAUCCCGCAAAGUGUCCUUAAAGGAAUCUCGGGUAGAAUUUCUGGAGGAUUGCUGGAAGAAAAUCUUGUAGCAAUCAAGGAAAAAAACUUCUGGUAAAAUUACGAAAGGAACUUUUGAAGGAAUCCUGGAUGAAAUUACUCCUUGAGGAAUCCCAGAAGAAACACCUAGAGGAAUCCAGGAACUAAUUCCUGGAAGCAUUACAUAAAGAACUCCUGGGGAAACCACUGAAGAAAUUCCUGGUGGAUGCUGGAAUAGAAUUCUGGGAAAAUUGCGAAAGAAAUUCCUGAAGGUAUCCCGAAAGGAAUUCCAUCACUAUCAGAUGGAUUUCUAUCAUUUAUUCAGCUAAAAAUUAAUAAGUACUGUGUGAACAAAGGGUCCUGACCGUUGGCUCUCAAAGAGGAUAGAAAUAGAAUUAUAAUGCAACUUUCAUUUCAAAAUUUGGUCGACCCAAUUCUGAAUUACACGGAAAACCAUUUUUCGUCUAGAUUUAGGAAAAAUAUGUAAGUUUAGGUAAACUUUUUAUAUUAAAAAUUUCGCAUGAAAUUUGUGAUACCUUACCUACGAAUCAAAUCUUCCAAUAGAGUCUAAGAAUGAGUGGAUCAAAUGAAAGAUGACUGAGAUAUGAUGAUGAUGAUGAUGAUGAUGAUGAUGAUGAUGAUUGAAGUGUACCCACCAUGAUCGCAAGGAUUACCUAUGGCUGCAGAAUCACUCCGGGAGGGGAUGAUCUACCUGAUGGUUUGUUGUAGCAGGGUGAGUUAAAAUUCCUGAAUUCCUUCGGUAGUCAACAUAAAGUUGCUAUCUCAUGACAAAAGUCUGGCAAAUCCACGAACUUAAGUCCGGGCAUCAGUUUAUUUAACUCCCUUAGGCUACCCCCCCCCGUGUGUGUGUAAACCCCGUCAUAUAAAAAUGAAAAUUGUAAGUAAUAUAUUAUAAUACAAAGACAAUGGAAAGUUAAAUAAGAUGAAUCUCAAUUGUUAUCUCUACCCAAGUAAGGAUGGGAUGAAAUAGGCAAAAAUCCGGUUUUAAAUAUGUCAACAAAAAUUAAUUACCUUCUUCCGCUGAAAUUGAACACGUUUGAAUGGAUACAUACCAAAGGUUGAGCUGUCCCUAGCUACCCUAUCCCUCUUUCCGGCUCCCGGCAACUUGCUUGUCCAGGACGCACACAUCAUAGAAGAUAGAAGUGGCAGAACUGGAUCUUACCCUGUUUGAAGCUGCACGGGCCGAGUUUCCGCACCAAAGUUGCCAUUCCAAUGCCCAAGACCAUUCCAGGCCAAGACGGACGGUGCCGUGCCAGAGUGUAGCACUUCAGCCAAGGUCGUACUUGCCCGUUCACGGAUGAUUCCAGCACGUACACAUUUCCUCCAAUAGGCCGUCCCGAUCACUUCACCGUUUAUCAAGCGUCACAAGCUUUCGGUUGUAAAGUACUUGUAUACCAGCCUUGGUUAGUUCUUCACACAUUUCCAACAAUCAGCCGAAAUGAGUCAGUAGUGUGCGGUAGUUCGGCAGCAGCAAAGUUUCGCGCGCUCGCUUUGCUAGAUUUUUGCGAUUUUUUUUUUCCUCUUCCCUCUGCGGGGCUCCGACGACGGGACGCCAAGCAGUCAGUAGUGUGCGGUAGUUCGGCAGCAGCAAAGUUUCGCGCGCUCGCUUUGCUAGAUUUUUGCGUUUUUUUUUCCUCUUCCCUCUGCGGGGCUCCGUCGUCGGAGACGCCAAGCAGUCAGUAGUGUGCGGUAGUUCGGCAGCAGCAAAGUUUCGCGCGCUCGCUUUGCUAGAUUUUUGCGUUUUUUUUUCCUCUUCCCUCUGCGGGGCUCCGUCGUCGGAGACGCCAAGCAGUCAGUAGUGUGCGGUAGUUCGGCAGCAGCAAAGUUUCGCGCGCUCGCUUUGCUAGAUUUUUGCGAUUUUUUUUUUCCUCUUCGCUCUGCGGGGCUCCGACGACGGGAUGCCAAGCAGUCAGUAGUGUGCGGUAGUUCGGCAGCAGCAAAGUUUCGCGCGCUCGCUUUACUAGAUUUUUGCGAUUUUUUUUUCCUCUUCGCUCUGCGGGGCUCCGACGACGGGACGCCAAGCAGUCAGUAGUGUGCGGUAGUUUGGCAGCAGCAAACUUUCGCGCGCUCGCUUUGCUAGAUUUUUGCGUUUUUUUUUCCUCUUCCCUCUGCGGGGCUCCGUCGUCGGAGACGCCAAGCAGUCAGUAGUGUGCGGUAGUUCGGCAGCAGCAAAGUUUCGCGCGCUCGCUUUGCUAGAUUUUUGCGAUUUUUUUUUUCCUCUUCGCUCUGCGGGGCUCCGACGACGGGAUGCCAAGCAGUCAGUAGUGUGCGGUAGUUCGGCAGCAGCAAAGUUUCGCGCGCUCGCUUUACUAGAUUUUUGCGAUUUUUUUUUCCUCUUCGCUCUGCGGGGCUCCGACGACGGGAUGCCAAGCAGUCAGUAGUGUGCGGUAGUUCGGCAGCAGCAAAGUUUCGCGCGCUCGCUUUACUAGAUUUUUGCGAUUUUCUUUCCCCUUCUCUCUGCGGGGCUCCGACGACGGGACGCCAAGCAGUCAGUAGUGUGCGGUAGUUCGGCAGCAGCAAAGUUUCGCGCGCUCGCUUUGCUAGAUUUUUGCGAGAGUGAGUUUUUGGAGGCAAAGUGUACAGGCCGCGUUUUCAUUCGGUCGUCGUAGUCGUCUAUUUGACUGCUCAUCUUCGUACGGGGCGAUUUAUGAUACGAUAAAUGCAACAAACAACAUUUUUUGCGAUUUUAGUCAACAGACAUUGAAAUGUUCGUCACGUCAAGUGUCGGCCCAAGUUCCAAAGCCACGUUGGUUCAAAUCACUUUAUUUUCUCUUUCGUUAAUUUUCGCACUUCGAAAACUAUCUGAAUGGUUCGUCAUCUUCGAUGUCGGCAUGUGUUCUGUUUUAGUCCAAAUGAAAAUAUGUGGUUUGAUAUUAAUAGGGUUGCAUGAAUCACUCCACUUACCAAAGUGAACUCAUAUCAUGCGCCCUUUCCCCUCCCCACUAACAAAAAGUCCUUCCCAUGACAGACGUGGAGACGCAGAGGUGAUCUCGGUCUUUAGUAAGCAACGCACGUCAUAAUAACAUUCCUUUCCUUCCUCGAUGACCGUAAGGACGUGGCCGGCGCCGUUAUUGACCUAAUAAAGUUUGGAAUUCUCGAAGAUGCACAUUGAGGACGGUAAGCUACUCCCAAGCUCCGUCUGUUGGUUCCUUGUGCAACUUCGAUUGUUCUGGUCAAUCACGGAGUAGCAACUACGAAUAGUACGGUCAUCUAUGCUCAUGCUCAUGCUCAUGCUCAUUUCCAACAAUCAGCCGAAAUUAAAAAAAAAAAAGAGAUUGACAGGUACAAUAAAUCACGGAGCGAAAAUUUUCGCGUCCGUACUAGGGCGCCGCACACUACGAUCUCGAUGAAAGAUGACUGAGAUAUGACCGCAAAACAAUUCCAUGAUUUUGAAGGGGUGACCCCAAAUUUUAACGCUGGGGUGUACGCUGUUAAGUGAAUCCGGCGAAUCCCUUGCGUAAACAUUGCGAUCACAAAAAGUAGUUAUUGAUUACCAAAUCGACAAUUUGUAAUGCUUCAUUCGUAAUCUCAUGAAGCAUUCUAGUAGACCACUGCAUGAAAUUCUCUCGUUCUCUUUCACUCUUACAGAAACUUUGUAAACAACAAGGCCAAGAAACGUCAAAAUCCCAUACAAAAUCAAAACAAUACAGUGCCCUAUAAGGAGGUAAUCAUGACAUACACAGCGAUUUAUGCUGGUUUGCAUCAUACAAAUUUGUUAAAAACGAAACAUGGGAAACUUGACAAGAUGCCAUAUUUAUAAUUUUGAAAUGUCAUUACAUAAUACAGUAAUCAAGGAUGGGAACACUCACUUGCAGAGAGUUACACUCACUUGAUGUUUUCUCAGCUUAGAAGCGUGCAAUGGACGACUUUUGCCUUGUGGUUUUGUCUAAAAGUUUGCCGAAUUGAUAAGAUGUCGCACACGCAUAUAAAAGUCGUGACAGAGCUGUGAAAGCGACUCUCCACUAGGUGAGUGUAAUUAACAUUCACCUCGUGGAAAGUUGCCUUCGCAGCUUCUUCACGACAUUGAUAUGCGUGUGCGACCCCUACUCUAUUCGGCAAACUUUUAGACAAAACCAUAAGACAAAAGUCGUCCAUACAUCAUUUCUUGAUUGCACGCUUCUGAGCUGAGAAAACAUCAAGUGAGUGUAACUCUCUGCAAGUGAGUGUUCCCAUCCUUGACAGUCAUUGCCCAAUUAUGGGUCACGCUACUGGAAAUUACUCAUAAUUGUGGGUGACCCAUGAUUGUGCUAUGACUGUACUAUGUAAUACUAAAUUAUGUCAGUCAUUUCAUCAGAUCAACUUUGAAGAACGAACUAUGAAUUGAAGAAGAGAAAUAUCUGAUUAAAAAUUCAACUUGUCUUUCGGCUGCACAUUUGAAUGACGGCUUUGGCAGUUUCUUAAGCUAUUAUUAGUCAGGGUGCUAUAAGUCGUACAACCCGUAACGUGAGUAGAUCACCUUGGAAUGGUGCGUUACGGUGUAAGAUCUACCAUAUCAAGUUUUGAUCUUGCUUUUUUACAGCCUGGUUUAUUUAACCGUUAUGUGACCGGCAAACUUUUUGCUUUUUUCUACACCGUGUAUUUUAAAUGGGUGCUGGGUACCCGGGUACCCUGCCGGCCACAUAAGGGUUAAAUGCAGGAACAUUCCAGGAUCAAGAUUUGGUAUGCUUUUUUACUCUAUUUAUGUAUUUAUUUUUUUACCCUUUUCAUUUUUCACUGCUAAUAUACCGUUUGUUUUAGUGGGAUGGAGGUAACUUUAACCUAUAUAUAAAUAACAAUUCACAAAAAUGUAACAGUGGAGAACGUAUCACAAUUUUAUACUAUUUUCUAUUUCAGAUUUGCAAGCAGGCAAUCAGCGGCGAAGUAUCAUAUUCUUUAGAAAGGUCAAGAUUACCGUACGAUUCAGUGACAAGUAGACCACGUUUUCCGCGUCGAUUUAUUUGUGUCGAGUUCCAUAAUUUCGUUUUUUUUUUCGAACAUAUUUCGAACAAUAUUUUUUUUGUUCAUCACAUCUUCUACUUAUAUUACGUAUUGCGAACAUUCGCGGAUAAUAAAUAUGUGCAACGGUUUUAUUAUCCGCAGUCUUAUUAACACGGGAACGCGAAAAAAAGUAAUACAAGAACAUAGGUGAUACUCAAAAGCAACGAUUUUAGUAAUUUAGCUGUCCAGUUUUCUCGUAAAGCUACGGCGUGGGUUUCGGUUUUUCAGCUUUGGCAGUAACACUAAACGGAAUUGCAAAAUUGCAUACAGUUAUUUGCUAACUGAGGAACGAUAAGCUUAAAACGUGCGUUAUAACGAGUUGAUCCGACAUAAGCGUGGUUUAAAAAAUAUUCAUACCCGUUAUAUAAUUAAAUUUAAUACACAAACAUACAAUAAAAUUAUUGUAAUCUUCUGACAGCCGACUGGUGGAAGACUUAAUCAUAUCAAGGGUUGCAUAGCUCACAUCACUUACCAAUGUGAAUCCAGAUCUAUGUAACUUUCUAUCCCUUCCCACUUACAAAUUUCCUUCCUGUGACAACCGUGGGGAUGCGGAGGUACACACGGUCUCUAGUAGCAACGGAUGUCACACUAACAUUCCUUCCCUUCCCCGAUGACCGUAAGGACGUGGCCGACGCCAGUACUGACAAUAUAAAGUUUUGAACCUCCAAAAUGCACAUUCAGGAUGGAAAGUUUCACCCAGGCCUCAUCCUUUUGGUUCCCUGUGCAAUGUUGACCGUUCUGGUCAGUAACGGAGUAGCAACUACGAAUUGUACGGUCAUCUCAUGCUCAUGCUCAUGCUAUAGUCAGGGUCAGGGUGAUAUAAGUCGUACAGGUACAAGGUUUUGCAUGAAGUUAUAUCAGUCACACUGUAACGCAAAAAAAAUGCCGGAUCAUAGAGCCGAAUAUUCGAUAAACAUAAUGAUUCUAAGAUAGCACAGCCGUUAGGCUAAAACAUUGUUUAGACAAAUUGGAGAAAAAAAAACAAUUUUUGAAGAUAUAAAAACUUUACUUCAUUUACCUCACAGACAGUGUCAAUGCUAAAAACAACAUUUUCUUUGUAUCUAUUUGAUAUAUAAAAUCAAGAUCAUAAAAUUCUGGGGAAUAGGCCAUUCUGGGACUUCGUUUCUAGGGAAUGCCCCUUUUCUGUGGAAAGGCAUUCUAAGGUUUGAAUUUCUGGGCCUACAAUCGAACCAAUCUGGAAGGUGAUUUUCCCAUGCAAUUUUCUCAAAACGUUUUCCUAAACGACUUUCUUUUUGUGUUAAAAUCGAAACGUCGUAAUAUGAAAAAUCCCGCCCCUUCAAAUGCUUCCUCUUUUGUUUUCAGCUGACUAGAAGUAUUACAGCGAUUUGUUCAAAUGAAAUUUGGUACAAAUAAUAAACAUAUGCUUACAAUCUUCAACCAAUUUGGCCGAAACAUUACGUAUUUUUUGUGUCCAAAUUAGUGCAGAUACUUUAUAAAAGGCGAUAUUUAUUUCCUAAAACAUGUUUUCUUAUGGUAACUGCCAAAAAAAAACUUGACAAAGUUUUAUCAGAAACGAGUACAUUAAUUCUUUCAGUGCACAUUCAUAAGUAUUCCACUGUAGAUAUUACCAGCAGCAUUGGUCGUUUGCUAAUUAAAGCUUUAUCGGACGAUCUUGAGCGACCGCUCAACUCAACUGCUGUCCCUGUUAAAUAAUGGAUGCGGUUUAGUACCACGCCACCAACCAACCAACCAGGCCUAGUACCUAGUAGCACAACACAACAGAUGCAAACGAUUUAUUCUAAUAAAAGUGCUAGAACUAGUUUAGUUGUAUUCCCCCGUGCUGUGCCGGUAGGGGCGACAGACUGCCGGCAAAUAUAACAACAUAAUAACAUAUCUCUGCACACGCAGUAGCGCUGCGCUGGUGAACGCAGCAGCUGCAGAAAUGCUGUGAACGAAACUUGUAUACUCUGGAGCUUACUACGAGUACUCCGUACUUUCUCUGGCUUCUGCUUUGCGCGAAUUGAUGGCGAUGAUGUCGCCAAUGACACCCGGUUGGUCGGUCACCAGCACAUCACAUCAAGUGUCGUCAACCGGGUUCAGAGAACUACCCGGCGCCUUCGAGAGCUGUGGGUCGUUGUAUCGUUUCCUCAAUGCUGUUGUUUUUUUUUGUGAGAAUAAUGUGAUUCUCCCGCGUAGAUAUGUCUACGAACUCGAGUUAAACAUAUUAAUAGUAAAAAAGGGGGGAAUAAAUUCCCGUUAGGUUCCGCGAAGCAGCAAAUUCUCUAUGAUCACAGGGUGAAGUACCCGUAGGACGGUCGAGUUGUAGUAUCAAUAUUGCACCUGAUUUUGUAUUUCUUUCAGAAAACACAUUAUCGAGUAGUUCUGAUCUUAAGAUAUCUGAGGCACCGAACUGUAACGGAUCGUUGUUUAAAUUUAAUUCCAUCUCUCCAGAAGUUCUUCCGCAACAUUAAUUUGUCCAAUUCAGUCUAUUUCCACACAUAUUUCACUGCAGUAGUCACUCGUAUCCACAUAGAUAUAAAGCUACCGGCAGUUAACGCCGGAAGGUGUCUUCCUCCCGUUCAGUUGCACUAUGACUAUACAAACAGCAGGCCGGCAUAGCAAGGCGUUGUGAGUGAGUGACUAGUUACCUCUAGGUACAUCAGAUUCGACACCAGCGCAAAAGGCAUCGGGGCCCCCAUAAAACUUCAUACGGGGGAAAACUUUCUCACCUACUGCUUGUACCGCCGAACCGGCGAUGUAGUCUGUCUGUCUGAUUGUCUGUAGUGUCUACCAUCAGCUAGCGUUCGUAUAACCCACAACUACGGCGCGCAAAGUGUAUUUUUUCUCGGUUCGUUCCGUACCAAUCUCUUUUCUUUUGCUCCGGUUGUUUUUUGCGCCACUCAUUGACUUACUUCGAGGGGGUUACUACCUACUGUCUGUUUCUGUAAUGAUGAACUUUUGCAGCGCAACGGAUCAGAUUUUAAGAUCGAGACUGUAACAAUCCGGCGAACCGGCCAACGACCGACCGAAAUGGCUUAAUGAUGUAUGCCUACGAACACUGUGCCUUUUUGGUUCAGUACAAGUAAGAUGCCGUUCGUUGUUCUUUUUAAAGAUUAGCGUUCCGAAUUAGCUCUACUUCUAUAGAGCUGGUUGUCAGAUUGGGCAAGGUUAGUUUCAGAAUCACCAAGCACGAUUUGACGAAGACCGUUUUUAUGACCCAAAGUGCAAAUAAGUAUCAAAUUGUUCAAACAAGAAAAAAAUCACUCUAUACUAGUCAGUUUUAGAACAAAACAAUUAUUUCCUUAUCUCUGGAGAAAGUAAUUUGAAACGUAAAGUUUGACUAAGGUCUAAAGAGGUACAUAGAAAUAAAAAAAUGGGCAUAUAAGUUGAUAAAUUGGGGUGAAGUGUCAGUCUUGUUAAAUAUAUUGCGUGAGAAUAUUGUGGAUUUGGCUGGUGCUUUCUUUAGUCACAACACCUUUCGGGAUAGAUCAAGUCAUAUUAAUAUAGACGAGCAUAGCCGAGACAGGGAAAAACUGUCUCAUUGUGUAAAGAACAAGUUUAAAGAAAGCUGUAACCCGUUGGUUGAUUCUCGAGCAAUCGCGCUGUUGUAUUUUGUACAACACGUUGAAAAAAUCUCGCUUUUUGUGCUCAGCAUUAGCGUGAUGCUGACGGUGGUGGCCAACCGCGUGAGUUACGGAAGGUUAAAUUUGAAAGGUUAUCGGUGCAGGGCUUUGCCAAAAUGACGAGAUUCGAGCUUGAUGCAAAAAAUUUCCCAUACCGGGAAUCGAACCCGGGCCUUCUGGGUGAAAGCCAGAUAUCCUAGCCACUAGACCAUAUGGGAUAGGUGAUGAACUCCUAACCAAUGGCUAAUAAAAUCCUAGCCCCCGACACAUUUCGCAUUAAUCAUCUCCACCAGCACACCGCCACUCACCAAGGCGAGCACCGACGAACCGCUCAAACGAAUGAAAUCCAAAGAAACAUCGAAUGAACGCCGCGACGACGGAGAGAGAGAGAGAGAGAGAGAGCGCAUGCGCCUCUCUGCUCUUUGACGUCUAAAAAUAGCACCUACCAAACAGCUGUGCGGUAGACGCCCGGUUCGUUCAUCCAAUCCACUCACCGGCUAUCAGCUAUCCAUCCCUCUGUUGCCUGACCAAGCAGUUUCUGACAUUACUCUCUUCGUAUGGAUACGAGAGGGACGUUGAAACGUUCGUCACUUCUGCUACGGAGGUUCAUAUGAUAAAAAGAGAAUGUUGGGACCUAAAGCUGAUUUGACUUGAAUGUUUUAUUAUCGAAUUCGGUACUAUAUUCUAAAGUGUAGGCCGCGAUCCUACAUACUUGGUAAUUUUAUCAUUAUUGGUAUUUUCAUUCUUAUUUUCUUUAAUUUAUGCAUCAUAAAAUAUAACCUUUCUAUAAUACGAUUAAAAAUAAAAUAGCAUUCAACAAUAAAUGAGAUAAAAUCGUUUAAUAUUAUUAUAGAUUGAAUUGUUGAUUUUUUUUUUAUUAAUUUUAUUUGAAAUUUAUUAUCAAACUUCUUUCUACAGGGAUUUUCGGUCUUGAUAUGUUGAGCUUUUUCGCCUUUUUAGUUUGUGUUUCAAUACAUAGCGCAUGAUGGUACUCUGGCUGCUGGGAUUCAACAGUCCCAUAUUGUCUAGUGGUUAGGAUAUCCGGCUCUCACCCGGAAGGCCCGGGUUCGAUUCCCGGUAUGGGAAACUUUUUGCCUGGGUAGAUAUUCUAAGAAUUCAACCGUACUCACCAGCCAGCACAACCCAGUGAUUCCCAAAUGUCAAGUCAGACCGGACCAUGCGCUCUUUAAGGAUUUUGGCAAAAUGUCCUGCAAGCACUUGGGUGAUAUCAAAUCAAGCGCGUUGUUUUCCAAAAUACUGUCACUCUUCUAUGUAAUGAAACAACCGCAUCAAAAAAACGUCGAAAAGUUUAGAAUUGUCGAAUUAUAUCCAAUGCUUAUCUUUAUCUAUCGCCUAGUCCACUAUGCACAUGUGUCAAUCCUUUGGGCCAGGAUCAGCCGACGAAGUUAUUGCAAACUACUCCUUCAUUAACCCUUAUGUGGCCGAAAGGGUACCCAGCGCCCAUUUAAAAAGCACGGUGUAAAAAAAGCAAAAAGUUUUUCGGGCACAUUACGGUUAAGAGAAACAUAUGAGUUGGAUUUGAGACAUCAUUGACGUCUUUAAAAAUAUCCUGAACACCAAGAAGUUUCCAAGAACAAAGUAAUGGUUAGACCACUGCACCACUACAUUCUGCAAAGUGACGUAAGCGACAUUGAUAGGUUUGGCCCAUUUUUUGGUUAUUAUGCAUACAGCUAUUGGUUAUCCUUCAAGUUUCUUUUCAUAGAUGAUAGAUUACGACUAGAUCUUGCAAUCUCAUACAGCAGGCAUACCACAGUGUUAUUUUUACACCAGAUAUUAUAUAUAAUAUAUUGAAAAAUGUUGAAAUUUUGAAUGGUGCUUACGUUACUUUGCAGAAUUACGGCAGACCAGUAGCGUUAAAUGCUGAUUCUGAAUAUGGUUUACUACAGCGUUGCUUAUGAAUAUGGAACAGUUGCUCAUAUUUAUCUUGGUUUGUUCUAUGUGUUCCAAAUUGUUCUGGAAUUCAGAUCUUAAAUACUUCAGAUAAUCAGGAGUAAUGUUGUUUGUUUUAACAACAAAUUGUAACAUUGCAUAAUCUACCGUAAUCCGUGAAUCUGGUGUGAACUCGAAAGCUACUCAUAGGCAUUUUUAGGAUAAUGUAGGUCAUCCAAACUGACUGGAAGUUUGGAACCUCAGAUCUACACUCGUAAAAGUAAUCAUAUCCACUGUACAGAGUAACGUUGCAUAAUCAACUAUGGUUACGGAAUCUGAUUGAAGACUCUUAAAUAUUAUUAUAAUUCAACUAUUAUUUAUGCCACCUGCACCCCCCCACACCCUUGGAAUUCUACGAACAAUGUAGAACAACUGAACGUUCUUCAAUACUGAUAUUUUUCUAUAUUUUUAGGAUAAUCAGUGUCGUCCAAAGAAUCUGAAGCCAAGUCAUUGACAUCUGUAGCUGAUACGUUAGUGAUUUUUGUUAUUAGGAUUAACUGUUACAUCACAUAUCCAACCCAGUUGGAAUUGUAAGAAUCAUUUUCAAAAUUCUUCUGGAAUAUUCCAGACCAACCAAACUAUUCCCAAAAGUAGAAUUUCUGGUCUAUACUCGUAACAGUAGUCAAAUCCAUUUUACAUAGUAACGUUGCAUAAUUAAGUAUGAUUACCGAACCCAUUGCGAGAUUAGAUAUGUAGAUACACUUUUGGAACAUUCAGGGUAGUCCAAUCUUUCCUGGAAUUCCCUUGGAAUUGUAUGCACAUUUUAAAAGACUUUUUGGGGUAGUCCGGACCACUCAAACUACUCCAAAGAAAAUACAAAUUAAUCUCCAUUGUCACGAAUUAUUGUAGAAUUAAUAUCUACCAUAAAGUGACCAGAUAAUCAGAGCUCCAACGCGGGACAUUAAUUUGGAAAGAUGUAUAGUAAGGUGAAAUCAUGAUCAAAAUUUUUAUUAUUUUAUUAUAAUUUUUUUUUGUUAACGAAUAUGCAAGAUUUUUUUGUAGAAUACGAAGCACUCGAAGGGUCACCAUCCGUCCUAAUUUAGCAGGACAUGUUCUGAUUUUGGUCUAAAUUUGGCAAAAUGUUUCUUAACAAAUCCGAGGAGUUUUCUAGGCUGAGUAGAUGGGAACCCUAAACACUCGUUUCUUCUACCAAGCAUAUGUUUCAACGUUGUGAGCUUCGCAGUAGUGGGGCAAACUCAUAAACAAGUUUUUCUACAUUGAAGCAACAUGAAACAAUGAUUUUAAUAUUUCUUCUCUCAAUUGCUUUUAAAAUUAAAAUAAGGUGGUUCAAACUUCGUACACAACUGAAACAAAAAUUGUUUAUUACAACAUUGGUGCCUGACAAGCAUGACGUGAACUCUACAAUUUUUGAAAUUAUAAUUACCCUCAAGGUGCCUGAAAAUGCUCACCAAUCUAGCUUCUGCUUGUCCAAUUUUGUCCUUGCGUACUACUUCAUUGAGUAGUUCGGAUGCUUCUCUGUCAACAUUGAUUAUUGCAGACUACAUCUCAAAUAGGACUAUCACACUUUUUUUGGUACGCCUAAAAAGUGUGAUAAAAGUGCACAUUUGCCUCGGAUCGUCUCGACGUCUUCGGCGCACUUAUUCCUCCAUUUACAAGGAAUAAGUGCACCGAAGACCUCAACUCGAUCCGACGUGGCCCUGCGCUGCAAUCACACUUUGAAGGUGUGUGCACACUAUUGUGUCAGUCCAAUUUGGGGUGCAGUCAGCAAUAACUUAUUGGAUGAAUUGAUUUCACGAGCUUAUUCGUUUGAACCGCCUGCCAGUAGCUUUCUACCCUUUCAUGAAAUUUGAAUUUGAGACAGUUUCGUCUACUAUUUUUGUAAUUGUACUCUUGUCACUCUCUAUUUUAUUUACCGAACUGUAAAAUUAUGCUGCCUGACUGUGUGAAUUUUUUCAUCAAAAAUAAAAAAAAAAGCUGAGACUGCUAUCGAUUGAUAAAAAAAAGCUCUGAGGAGUUCAAACUGUACAUACUGUAACCCAGAAUCUUCAUGUACUUUCUCGCAAAAAUCUUUCAGUUUCUGGACCCUGAUGUUGAAAGUUUUGUUAAUAUGUUUGAUGUGAUUUGUGCUUUGUACAUAACCGGUUUGACUAUUUUGGUACUGAAGUUACUACAAUAUGUUGUAUGCUUGUUGAAGUUUUUUCAAAUGCGGGACAUUUUUACGAUUUGAGACGAAUGCGGGACAUUUCGCGGGACAUAAUGUGUCGCGGGACAUUUGGUCUAAAUGCGGGACUGUCCCGCGAAACGCGGGACGUCUGGUCACUUUAAUCUACCAUGACGCUCAUUGCAGUAUUAAUUGACCACUGUUUCUCCCACUGAAUCAAAUUUCAACCAUCGCGCAACAAUAACACAGCGCAACUUUUUUUUUGUCUCAAGAGCAAACUUAUGUGUCUCUGACAGAUUUUGGGUUGCUGAAUCCGAAUCUGGGCUCAGAUUUGCUCCAGCACGUCACAAUUUUGAGCUAUACCUAAAUUUAUAGGUCAAAAUAAGCGAUUUUGGGUUUUUUUGACUGCCAGCCAUAAGGCAUGGAAAUGUUUUUUUAAGUACUCAAAAGCCAAAUUGGCAAUUAACAUCUAUUUUAACGACUCAUGCAAAAUAUUUCAUUUUACUAAAUCGAAUUUGAUAGUUUUGAGCGAUUUAUGUUAGGUACGAUAUUUCCCAUACAAGUCACCCUCCAAAAGUGGCAUGCAAGUUUACUUACUAACACUUACUUACUAACUUACGUUUUAAGUACAUACUUAGCAUAAGCUAAGCGUUGUGAAUGUCCUGAUUCCUUAGAAUAUCUACAAUAUCUUAAAUGUUCUCGUGUUAGCAUAGUUGAUCGUGUAACAUAACUCUAUGCAACUUAGAAAUAAACUCUCGUCGCUGUAGAUCCUAAACAUUCUAAACUUAGUAAUAGUUUGGAAUACCUAGAUACAACAUGGCAACUGAUAUUUGAAUUAUUGCUAAGCUUUCAGAAGAUUCAUUUACACGGUAAAUUAUAUAUUGCAGCACUGCAUGAUGUAAAAAGUUACUAUUAUACCCGUAGACUUUAUGGUGUAAACCCAAGGACAGUUUGAAUGAUCAAGCACAUCCGGACAAAAAAAUCUCAAUGUUUUACAUUUUUAUGUUUUUAAGCGCCGAAACUAUGGAAAUACAUUAACAAAACUGUAUAAGAACGCUUAGAAAAAAUCAACACAUGUUCACUGUGAACAUGUCAGUUUUCUUUCAUAGAGAAAACUGUUUUUGAAUUUUCAUUAUAUUAAUGACGACUUCUUCAACCUGUCAAGUUGUCUGCUGAAAUUGAGAGCCAACGUGAUGAAAAAGACAAAAGAUGAAAAAGACAAUCAGCUGCCCUUCUUCAAUCUCAUACUUGAGGCUGAAUAAGGGUGGGAUUAUGAAGAUGUUAUUAAUUAGUUUAGAUUUUCACCUAUAUGGUUUCGCAUUAUGCGUUUUACACAGUGUAUUCUGUGCAUCCUCGCCUUUGGCGCACUCAAUUCGAUACCGAUCUGGCUUUAUUGUUGCUGUUCUUCUUUGUGAUGUGAUUGUUAAGAGUUUAAUCUUGCCUAGUUUGGGUAGUGGCUACGGUUAGGAUAGCUCAGAUCAAUCUUCAGCACAAAAGAACAGCAACGAUCAAUCUUUGUAGACUUAUGCAAAAUGGUACAGCCCAAGUGGCGUUAGUCCAAGAACCUUACUUUCGUAAGGGGAAUUUCUAUUUAGGAAACCUUGUGAAUCCGGUGUUUGCUACUUUCAGUAAAAAUGAAAUGGCAAACUCACGUGUCAUGCCUCGAGCAUGUGUGCUUGUCAACAACGCAAUCGUUGCUACACUCAUCUCUGAACUAACUACCAGAGAUGUAUGUGCUAUCAUAAUAGAUGUAUCUGUUGGAAACCUCAACAGGAAAUACGUUUAUUGUUCGGUUUAUUUACCGCAUGAUGAACCAUCCCCUACGGAUGCUUUCAAGCAAGUCAUUGCAUACUGCACUUCAAAAGGCCUUCCGCUAAUUGUUGGUAGUGAUGCUAAUGCUCACCAUAUAAUCUGGGGCAGCUCAGACAUCAAUUUGAGAGGCUCCAGUUUGAUGGAAUACUUGAGUAGUACAGAUCUUGGAUUACUUAACAUAGGCAACCGCCCAUCCUUCAUGGUAUCUGGUAGAGAGGAAGUGUUAGACAUAACGCUUUGCUCUAGCAGAAUUAGUCAUGAGCUGACCAAUUGGCAUGUGUCAGAUGAAGAAUCUUUAUCUGAUCAUCGUUACAUCUUGUUUGAACAUGUGAAUUUUACUUCGCAAACUUUGCGUUUCAGGAAUCCUCGGUCAACCAACUGGGAUCUCUUUACCGAUUUGGUUGCAGCCAAAUUUCAUGGAUACUCACCAUCAAUUGACACUCCAAGUGAUUUAGAUGAUGCCGUUGAUACUACAACGGCCUUCAUCAUGGAAGCUUUUGAAGAAGCCUGCCCUCUGCGGUCUGUGAAGACCACAAGAGGAACCCCUUGGUGGAACUCCGAUCUGGCGAAGCUCAAGAAACAAUGUAGAAAGAGUUGGAACAGACGACGUUCGGCUGGAUCGGAGGCUUUCAGGUCGGCUCGCAAGGCCUACCAGAAAGCUCUUCGGUCUGCUGAACGAUCCGGCUGGAAAAACCUUUGUACAAAUGUUUCCAGUCUGAGUGAAGCCAGUCGAUUGAACAAAAUCCUUGCAAAAUCUAAGGAUUUUCAACUAAACGAACUUCGUUUGCCAAAUGGUGAUUUCACUUCCUCUGAUGAGGAAGUUUUAGAAUGUUUAUUCAGUACACACUUCCCCGGAUGUGUGGAUAUUACAUCUUCGGAUGAACCUGAUGUCUUUUCUUGUAGUUAUGAUUCUUUAGCUUCGGCUCGGAGUAUCAUAACUUUAGAAUCGAUUGAAUGGGCACUUAAUAGCUUUGCUCCUUUCAAAUCUCCAGGGGCAGAUGGGAUUUAUCCUAUUUUGCUUCAGAAGGGAUUUGAUCAUUUCAAACAUGUUUUGAAACAACUACUUGUUUGCAGUUUUGCUACAGGGUAUAUUCCCAAAUCCUGGCGGGAUAUUACUGUGAAGUUUAUUCCGAAAGUGGGUCGCGCGUCGUAUGAAGAAGCAAAGAGCUUCAGACCUAUCAGUUUGACCUCUUUUCUUCUGAAAUGCUUAGAACGCAUUGUGGAUCAUCACAUCCGUGAUGUUUAUCUGGCCAAUGUGCCUCUUCAUGUGAACCAACAUGCUUACCAAUCUGGAAAGUCCACUGUGACUCUUUUACACAAAGUUGUUUACGAUAUCGAGAAGGCAUUCGCUCAAAAGCAAUCCUGCUUGGGUGUUUUCUUAGAUAUCGAGGGUGCCUUUGACAACGUGCCUUUCGAUGCCAUAUUGGAAGCCGCACGGGGUCAUGGUAUAUCUCCAAUGAUUUCCAAUUGGAUUCACCAAAUGCUCAAAAACCGACAUCUCUUCUCGACAUUGCGUCAAGCGGCGAUUAGGAAAUUGAGUGUUUGUGGAUGCCCCCAAGGGGGAGUCUUAUCACCACUUUUAUGGAAUCUCGUAGCAGAUACGCUAUUGAGGCAACUCAAUAAUAGCGGUUUUCCUACUUAUGGUUUUGCCGACGACUACCUAACAUGGUUAGUCGGCAUGUGCAUCAGCACCCUUUUCGACCUGAUGCAAAACGCUCUUCAGGUAGUUGAGGGUUGGUGUCGCCAAUAUGGCCUUUCGGUAAAUCCGAGUAAAACAUCUAUUGUUCUUUUCACGGAAAAGCGAAACCGUAAUGGUGUUCGAACUUUACGUCUCUUUGAUUCUGAAAUCAAUGUGACUGAACAGGUAAAGUACGUUGGAGUCAUUCUUGAUUCCAAGCUUUCCUGGACACCUCAUGUUGAGUUCAGAAUCAAGAAAGCUUGUAUGGCCUUCGGGCAAUGCCGGCGAACCUUUGGUACAACUUGGGGUCUAAAACCCAAGUAUAUCAAAUGGAUCUACACAACUGUUGUUCGGCCAAUAUUGGCCUAUGGAUGUCUUGUGUGGUGGCAAAAGGGCGAAGUGAGAACGGUCCAAUCAAAGUUAGGCCAUCUCCAAAGGAUGUGCUUAAUGGCGAUGUCUGGAGCGUUCUCUUCAACUCCCACGGCAGCGCUCGAAGUUCUCUUUGACGUUGUCCCACUACACAUUCAUCUCAAACAAGAAGCACUUUCUUGCACUUACCGUCUAUGGGUACUCGGUUUACUAGAGGAAACUCCUGUGAACCGCAGUUCAACGCACACCUCGUUGUUUCCACUUUUGGUGAAUUGGGACAAAGUUGUCCUUGCUCCAAGUGAUCUUACAAUUGCUUGUAAUUUUCCAUAUAGGACAUUUUCCACGAAAUUCCCUUCCCGGGAAGAGUGGACAUCUGGUUAUCUGGAGAGAAGUAUUUCAGACGGCAUCGUAUGUUACACUGAUGGCUCCCUUCUAGAAGGUCGAGCAGGUGCUGGUGUUUAUUCUCGUGAGCUAAGGCUGUAUCAGUCUUAUUCACUUGGCAGACACUGCACCGUUUUUCAGGCCGAAAUCUUUGCUCUUAUGUGCGGAGUGCAAUCAGCACUUCAGCAGCACGUAAUGGGCAAAGUAAUAUACUUCUGUUCAGAUAGCCAGGCUGCUAUUAAAGCACUUGCUUCGGCCAACUCCAGGUCGAAGAUAGUUAUCGCUUGUCGAACUCAAAUUGAGGAGCUGAAUUCAGCAAACGCUGUUCACCUUGUAUGGGUACCUGGCCAUUCUUCCAUCGCUGGAAAUGAAUUGGCUGAUGAGUUAGCUCGCACUGGAGCAUCACAUGACUUCAUUGGCCCUGAGCCAGCUAUUCCGGUAUCCAAGUGUUGGGUGAAGCUUCAGAUUGACACCUGGGCUGCCACUCAGCACAAACAAUAUUGGAAUAGUUUGGAGUCAUGUCGUCAAACAAAAUUGUAUUGUACUGAGCCAUCUCUAGGGGUGGCAAAGUAUCUAACAAAUCUGUCAAAGCAGAAUUGCAGCAUGCUGGUCAAAGCAUUGACUGGCCACUGCCGACUCAGUUAUCACAUGGCGAAUAUUCAGCAAGCUGAUUCAUUUGCAUGUGAUAGCUGUGAAUCCGAUUAUGGAACUUCGUAUCAUUUAAUAUGUAACUGUCCAGCUUUUGCGCAAUUGCGUUUCCGAGUACUCGGGAAACACUUAUUAAGUGAAACUGACUUCAGAAACCUGAAUCUUCAGGACGUUCUGUUGUUCUUGACCCGCUGUGGUAAAGAGCUAUAGGCUCUCUUUACGCUUUAUGCAUUAUCACAGUGCCCUUCUCAGGGCGCUGUUCGAACCCAUUGUGGCACGCUUAUGCGUUAUUACAGUGUCCUUUUCAGGACGCUAUGUGAACCCAUUGUGGUACGCUUUUGCGAGUAUGACGAUCCUAUUCCCUUACCUGUCUUUUCCCAUCUCCUAUCCUUUUUCCUUCCCUUCUCCGUCAGGUAAAUGAUGAAUAGGCUCGUGUUCAUGGCGAUGGCACAAAUUUCCCAAAUGGAGGAGAACGUGCCUCUAGAGCCGACCUACUGAUACCUGAUACUUACUAACUUACGUUUGAAGUACACACUUAGCAUAAGCUAAGCGUUGUGAAUGUCCUGAUUCCUUAGAAUAUCUACAAUAUCUUAAAUGUUCUCGUGUUAGCAUAGUUGAUCGUGUAACAUAACUCUAUGCAACUUAGAAAUAAACUCUCGUCGCUGUAGAUCCUAAACAUUCUAAACUUAGUAAUAGUUUGGAAUACCUAGAUACAACAUGGCAACUGAUAUUUGAAUUAUUGCUAAGCUUUCAGAAGAUUCAUUUUACACGGUAAAUUAUAUAUUGCAGCAUUGCAUGAUGUAAAAAGUUACUAUUAUACCCGUAGACUUUAUGGUGUAAACCCAAGGACAGUUUGAAUGACCAAGCACAUCCGGACAAAAAAAUCUCAAUGUUUUACAUUUUUAUGUUUUUAAGCGCCGAAACUAUGGAAAUACAUUAACAAAACUGUAUAAGAACGCUUAGAAAAAAUCAACACAUGUUCACUGUGAACAUGUCAGUUUUCUUUCAUAGAGAAAACUGUUUUUGAAUUUUCAUUAUAUUAAUGACGACUUCUUCAACCUGUCAAGUUGUCUGCUGAAAUUGAGAGCCAACGUGAUGAAAAAGGAAAGUUAAGAUCUACCACUCAGUUUCUCAGUUUCGAGCCUAACUUUACAACACACCUUAUCUUAUCUUUAAACAACUUGUCAAUUUCCUUCACAUUUAUAGCUACUUUUUGAUUCUCGCCCAAUUAUAUCAGUGAAAAUAAUUUCCACCAUCCUUCUCGUUUUUUUCAACGAUACUGUAAUUUUCAUAAUGUUUCUAAACGAAAUUAUUUAUUUUUGAAAAAGUUUCGCAUUUCAACAUCUAACUUUUUUUGUACGUUUUGUGUAACUUCCUUUAUCUAAUUUACUAGUUUAUAGGCGUUGAUUUUCUAGCUUUCUCACAAAACGUCAACAAAGUUUGCGUUUGCGUCAACAAUUUGCGUUGUUAGAAUGUUAGACGUACUAGAAGCUUUCCUGGAUAUUGCACUCGAAUUGAAAUUGGAGGUAAUCAUUAGUGUUUUAAAUAAUUUCCGAUACAAUCUCUGUCCUCUAAAAAGAGGACUUCCACGACAUUCAACACAUAAAUAAAUGGCAGAAUUCAGUUAAAGACUUCUGCGAAGAAUUCACCGUAUCGAAACUGUAAAAAUAUGUUUCAACUGAUUGUUUUGUGAAAUUCAAGGUCUUUCAAUCCAACUUACUAACUGUGAAAAUUACAAGCAAACAAAUUAGCAAAUUCUGUGAAAUGUUUAAUUACUGUUCUGUUCGGUACCAUCAAAUGUAUACCGUGCUCUGUGAUUUUUACCAAGUUUCUGUAAGACCAUUAGUCGGUCAUAUCGCCAUGCGCGGGUUGUGAAGAUGGUCUUCGCUGAACUCAAGUGAAUCAUUUAAAAAAAUGGAAGAAGUCUCACGGCGCACAGUUUGGGAAGUCCUGGGUUAGAGUAACAACACAUCACUGCAGAGGAAAAUGCUUCAAAUAUUAUGCAAAAAGUUUCCCAUACCGGGAAUCGAACCCGGGCCUUCCGGGUGAGAGCCGGAUAUCCUAACCACUAGACAAUAUGGGACUUAUGUCGGUGAGCGGUCAAAAGCUCUAUAAAAUCUAAGCCUCUUUGGAGAGCGUUUCAAAUCCGAUUCAUUUUAGCUGCCUGAGAAAAUAGGUGUGGAAUUGGUUACCUACGCUGGCUGUGCGGAAUGAAUUUGUUCAUUGGUUCGCUCUCGGAAUGAAGAUUCACAGUCUCAGUGGUUGAACCAAAUGAAUGUAACACUGCAUCAGUGGUUGAACCAAAUGAAUGUAACAUGUUAAAUUGUCCACGCUAAAAAUUUAUCAUUUUUCACUUGAAUCCAAAUUAUUUUAGUGUUAAUGAUUUAUUGCCAAUCGCAAUAAUGCAAUCACAAUUUCAUUUAUAGUCUAAUAAAAAAAUAUAUUUUUAACUGUCGGUUACUUAUAAUUCUCGUUUGACUUCACGCCUCACAUCAAAUAUUGAAUUGAUAUUCUUAAUCACGCCCUUGUUUACCAAAUGCUUGUGUAACUUUACAUAUCAGAUGUCAUCCAUCGAUCGUGUAACUCAACAGCAAGCAAGCAAAUGAAUCUUGAAGUUCUGGUCAUCGAAAUUGCGCCUCUAGCUUUGCCAGCCAACCGGUCGAUGUGACAGAGGCGGGAUAGCGCCACGACAACACGUAUCUCACCUCGCCUUUUCGUGCGGGUAAACAAAAUCUCCACUUCCCUCUCUAGUCUCUACCUAUAAAACCUAGUUCCGCACGUAACCUAAAGCCGGUUCCGCUGUAGUUGCUUCAGUCAGAGUCAGAGCGAUGAGCGCGCGGAAAAACGAUUUCGCCGUGUAAGCAAACAGAAAGGUGGAAAAUUGAAACCUACACCCGAGUCAGCAUCCUUUGGUGUAUGCCGGCCAUGUGGCCCGGUACGUUGGUAAGCUUUGCACCGAGCCGACGACGAUGGGCACCUGCCCUGAAAUCACAACAUAAUUAAAGCGCGGUAAAUUUUUCUAUCUCUUGGACAUGGGCGCACCGGGUGCAGCAGCAGGCACAUAGACCAUUUUUCACAACCUGCUCUCUAUGAUGGGUCCUCCUCUAAAGCUGGUGUGUGGAAAAGUGCAGAGGCGUGACUAGGGCUGCCUUGUCUGCUUAAUACUAGUAACAUGUUGGGGUCAAUAUGACCCAGACGUGCACUUUACCAUCGUGGUGCGAAGAUCUUCAGCGAAGUUGUGCAGAAGUCAUAUGGCUCUCAAAUGGUGGAAAGUUUUGUAGAUAAUUAAACCGCAACGUGGCAUUAUUGUGUAUUUGAACUACAAGAUUUUGUACAUGUCUUCGGGGUUGUCCAUUUAUUAUGUAAGGCUGUGGAGACUUAAAGGCUUAAAGGAUUGCUUAUGGACUUUUUCAAAGUUCAUCCUGGGAUCUCUCCUGAAUUUCUUACUUCUAUUUAUUCUUACUGACAAAUCCUUCAAGUAAACAUUCAGGUAUCUCUUCAAGCAUCCUAAAAUAGAUUUCCCGUGGAAAUCUUUCAGCAGGAUUUCUUAUAAAAUGACAUAACAAUGACUCCUUCAGAAAGUGCUGCAAGGAUUUCCGCAGGAAGUCCACCAAGAAUUCCUUAACAUAGCGUCCUCCAAGUAGGUUCUCCUUCAGGAAGGCCUCCGAAAAUGUUUACGCGAAACGCUUCAAAGAAUUCUUAAGUAAUUCUUUCAAGGAUUCUUCCGGAUAAUUGUGCAUGGAUUAUAUAGUUUAAAAAUUGUUCAAUUUCUUCUAGAACCCUUCAAGAACUCCUUCAGGAAUUCUUCCAAGGUUUCCUUUAGAAAUUUCUCGAAUGAUUUCUACAAGAACUCCUCCAAGCAUUCAAUAAUUCAUCUAAGCAUUCCUUAAGGAAUUCCCUUAAGGAUUCCUUAGAAAUUUCUUUAUUGCUUAUUUUAGUGUUAAUUUUAAUUAUAUAUUUAGAAAUUUCUACAAUGACACAAUGACUCUUGAAUUCCGUUAAGAAUUCGUCCCAGGAUUCACCAAAGAAUUCAACAGAAAUCUCCCUGAAGUUUCCUCAAAAUUCCUCUAAAGGUUCUUCCAGUGAUUCCAUCAUGAUUUUUUUUAAAGAAAUUCCGACUAAAAUACAUUAGAAACGCUUCCAUGGAUUCUCUAAAGAAUUCCUCCAAGGAUUUUUCAGGUGAAUUUGCAACUAUUUCGCAUAUCUUAGGAAACUUCUCCAAAAUUCUCUUUAGCGAUUUAUUUAAGGAUAUUUUAAGAAUAUUUUCGAAAUAUUUCUUCAAGUAUUUAAACACAAACUGACCUAAGAAUUUCAUAAGAAAUGUCCCAAAGGAAUUCAGUAGUUCCUCCAAAAAUUUCAAAUGAUUUUAUGCAGAAAAUCAUCUAAGCAUUCGUUUAUAAAUUUCUUCCAACACUUGUGGGGAAUUCUUCAAUAGAUUCCUUUAAUAAUUGCACCAAGAAUACCUCCAAUAGUUUCUCAAAGUAUGCAAAACAGAUCCUCCAUAGAUACAUACCGGAAUCCUUUUAAUCAUACCGAAAUUCAUUCAAGAUUUCUUCCCUAGUAUUCCUUCAAUGAUUCUUGCAGGAAUUUCUCUGAGAAUUCCUUCUUAAAUUUCUUCAAGGAUUUUAUGAAAAAUGUCUUCAAAGAUUUAUUUAAGAGUUUCUACAUCGUAAUUACUCCAAAGAUUCUUUUAGAAACUCCAUUCAGGAACUUCUUCAAGAAUUCUUUCUGAAAUUUUCUCAUGUAUUUAUCCAGGGAUUCCUCCAAAGAUUUAUCCAUAAAUUUCUCUACUCGCAAAAGGAUUCCACGAUCAACACAAAAUGGAUAACUGGCAGUGAGGAAGAUUACAAGUGGUAGUCGAAAUACGUGUAUCUGUCACAGGAUAAGCAACAUAGGGCGGAAUUAAAAGCUACGAAACUGAUUACACCCAUUCGAACAAAAUUAUAUUUGAGAAGUGAUUAUUCCAGAUGAAUUCUUGCAGAAAAAAUCAAAGACAUUGAACAAUGACGACCCAAAUCUUAUGUUGGUGUACCUUCAAGAACAAUGUUAUGAGAAAAUUUUCGAAACCCUUCUAGGAGACGUCUUUUUUGAGAAAAAAAAUAUUGAUAAAACUAUUGAAGAAACUCAGAAAAAAAGUAAGAAAUUAAACAACGCAUACUCUUGUGGUAAUUCGGUUUCGAAAUCAAUGGUUGAAUAGGAUGACUCAAAACAUGGAAAAAAUGUUGAUAUACCCAUUUUUAAUGUCAUACUUGAAAAGAUGAUAUGGUCUAACUUUCAGCUUAAUCUCGUGGGGAUCUUUAAUUUUUCUUGAACGCCAAUCGGUAAUGUAGAACUAUAGCCUUGGACGUGUCGAAAAACUUUGCCGAAGGCCGGCACAAGUGGGCAGAUGCUUGUGAAAUACCCUGUUCCCUGCAUUGAGAGAAAUGUUGCUUGUUUGCAGUGUUGAAAAUUUCAUUUCGUCAUAUCUAAAUUCAAUCGCCUACAGCUAAUUUUAGAAGCUGAACCUGAGAAUAUGGUAUACAGGCUUGAUAAUCCUCCUCGAAAUCAAAAGAGUUUUGCAACAUGCUCUAGAGCGGUGUUUUGCUUUUGCCUCGUCGCGAGUGAGCGAACGAACCACAAACCGAGAGGCAAUAAAAACUGAGCGAAGAAGAGGGGAACGAAAAAAGAGCCGAUGAUUAUUUCGGGUUUUUGAGUGCGAUUUUCGCCUCGAGAGUCUUUCUUUGUAUGGGAGUGGAACUCGCGAGAGCUUUUUGAGUGUGAGUGGACGUGAGAAUCACAACAAGCAAUUAUGAGUGUUGGACGGACUCCUCGCUGCGCGGCAAACUCGCGCUCGGUGCUGUUGAGGAUUUGCGUUGUGAUUUCUGAGUUUUAUUUUCACUCAUCAGAAAAUCGCCGAAAUCGCUUCCUCAUUUUCUCGCGAGGGAGUUUCUGUCAAGCCUGGGUAUAUAUAUGAAAAACUUGCGCGGCUAGACCAGUUCUGCUAGAAAGUCACGGAAAAACUGAUAUUUUUCGAAUAUUUAAGGUAAAUGUCACGGACCACCUUUGAAAAAUGCUAAAUGAUAUUCACCGUGAAUAUCAUUUGGCAUUUUUCAAAGGAAGCAAUUCAAUUUUAAUUCUUCUUGGCUUAUUUGAAACAAAAUAAAUGAUACUUACUGCAUAGACAUUGAACCACACAUAUUUGUUGAAAUUUACAUACUAAAACUUAACGUAAAGUUGCCUCAUUUUUCGAAGCGUGGUAAAAUGUGCUAACUUUACAUAACAUUUUUAUAUACAAAAAUCGUUAAAUACGUUAAGUUGAAGACAUCAAACGUAAAUUUAGUUAAUUAUCUUUGAAAUGAGCCAAAAAUAAUUAAAAUUGAACUAUAGAUGACGAAGAUAUCACCAAAUCACUUUUCCAUGUUUUACGAAAGUGACCCCAAACUUUUGGCCGAUACAUCAUAUUGAGGGGUGACCCCAAACUUUUGGUCGAUCAAGGAUUAAUUUACUUAAUAACUUUUUUUUCUAGAUUUUUUAGCUAAGUUCUGUAAAAAGCAGUUUAAAGCUAAUAGAAAAUGGGUCAUAUUACCGCUCUCAUCUUAAAAUUUGGUCGACCCAACUUCCAGCGACACUGCCGUAAGUUUAUAUUAAUUUUUUAGAAAAUUUAGCAACUUUGGGUUAAGUUUACAUACAAAAUUUUUUGAAAUAGUUUCUUUUAAUUAAUGUUCAAAGUUUCUUUGACUUAUUAUCUUUUGAAUGAAACCUAGGGUUUUGAAAUCGGACGCAAAUUGGCGGAGAUAUGGGCCUAAAAAAUGACAUGUUUUUGAGGGGGUGACCCCAAACUUUUGAACGGGAGUGUAUCUACAUUGUAUUACAUAUUUUUUAACCUGUCAGAAAUUAAUAGAAGAUGCAUGUUUAUUUCGAACACAGAUUCCAUUUGUUUCCAACCUAAUGUUUGAUUUGUUCCGAACAGUUUUAUAUUUGUGAACGAAUUGACAAAAUGUUUGAUUUUACCUAAAAUAGGGGAAAUUGUGUAUUUUCGGCAGUUUUAUUCUCUUCGUCAUGGGGAUUUUUUGAAAGCUGUUGAACUCAAACUUGGCCUCAAAUCCUUCCCCACCAAGCUGAAUUGUAUGACUAAGUUUCGGGAAAUUUGGCCGAAAAAACCCCCUCAUGACGAAGAGAACAAACCUGCCGAUAAUACCCAUCGUCACCCUAUUUUCGGUUAUAUCAUAUUUUUUUCUUCCUGUUACAGUUUGCAAAUCUGUCAAAAUUAGUUGUUUUCUCUUGCGAUUAUUUUCAAUGCUUUCUUAUAGGUGCAAUAUUUUAGAACCUUGCGCCUUCUCCUGACUAACCUGGCUACGCCCUUGGAGUAGUACAUAUAUCCAUAGCUAAAAAGUAAACCCAAAUGAUGGAAACAUCACUAAUAUCCGCCACAGCUAGGCAAGGUCGGUAUCGCGAAAGCAAAGUUUCAUAAUCUGAAUCGCUUAGCUUAGCUCGCUUAGUCGCGCAACCAGAGAGCGAUGAUGGGCUUCGCUGUCGCGGAAAAACAAACUGAAUCGUACAAACAGGAAAAACUUGUCAUCGACAGCAUCAACAGCAGUGUAGUGGUCAGUCAGUUCCUACUCUGGCAUCUACCAUAUACCUAUCUGUAUCUGGUGCAAGGUGAGGCGACAUCAGCUAUUAUAACCACGGCGCUGGCUGACUGAUGACGGUGCUACAGCUCAGACUGCUGGUUGUUGGUACUGGGUGAUGCCUUCGGGGUAAAAAGAUGCAUUAUCAUAUGAGUAAAGUAACACAGUCUUCUGGUACGUAGUUACCUACAAACAUGCUAACACAGGUCACCUACCAACUCGUUGACUAAUGUAGAUGCAUCACGCUGAUAAAGUGGUAACUGUAAUCAGUCAGUUUUUAUGUGGGAACCAGCAGGUGGGAUAAAAGUGUAUACUCCUGUGAGACCAUUUCACUCAAAGAAUUCAAAAACUUUGAAGAUUGAGGAAAACUUAAUUUCCUUUCCAACAUGAAAUGACGAUUCUCAGAAGUAACUAACAGAACGUAAAUCUUCCUCUGGGAGGGAAUGUACAGAGCACACUCUACGCACUUCACAACGUGUCGUCAAAACACCUUAAGAGUAGAACAUAGAGCUCUAUCAGUCACAAUCCAUCAGUGUGGAUUAUUAUGUAGUUUAGUUCUAAUUGGAAAUAGAUUACAAUCUAACAGGUUUGUUGUUCUCAUUCAUUAGGCUCUCUAGGGCAGAAGCAGCCGGUUGUUCCAAACAAGGUAUUCUAGGGAAAAACGGCGUAAUAAAAGUAUCAAUGGUUCUUAGAAAUAUGUACAAGCGCACAGCUUAUGACAACUUUCAACCGAACACGUAGGAUUUCAAUGCGAAGACAAAUCAGUAUCCUAGUACUUCGGCUUGGUUUAUAUUUUCUUUUAUAUUUUCUUUUAUUUUUUUUGUCUCACAUUUAUUAAUCUUUAUUAGAAUUGCUUCUACGAUACAGACUUCUUCAGGAAUUUCUCAAGAAAUUCUCAUAUGCAUCCCUAAAAAUAUAGUUGGUUGACACCUCGGAGCUUGUUGAAGGUAUUCCUGGAAGAAAAAAAAUGUUAUCCUGUUGUUAUCAACAAGAAGAAUUCAAACUAUGAUCAGCACAGCAGGUGUGGAUCAUCCUAAAUUCGUGGAUAAAUUGUUGGAAUAGUUGUUACUGCAAUUUUGAUGUAAUUCCCAGGGAUUUUUUUGAUGAAAAAAAAGUAAAAAAAACUCAUAAUUUUGGAAUCCUCAAAGUAGUUUAUCAAUGAUUUUUUUUUAAUAUUUUCACUUCAUUGGUUUAUCUUUAAAAAGCUUUAGAAAUCACGAAAAGCCUUUCAAGUAUUGUUUCAGAGAUUUCCUCAAAAUUUCCUCCUUAAAUUUUAAAGAACUACAUCAUAAAUUCAUUCGAAACACAUGCAGAGCUUCAACAUUGAUUGAGUUUUUCCAUGUAUGAAGAGUUCCUCCACAGUUUUUUUUUCUAUUUUUCUUCAAGCUAUGCAACGUUUCUUCUUGUAAUUGCUUCAGCAAUAGACCCAAAAUCAUUUUUUUUACCCAGCAAAGCUUAUUAGCUCCUCAAGAAAUUUCGUAAACAUUUCCACAAUACAUACUUUCAAGAAAUUUACCAAGGAUUUUUUUAUGAAAUCAUUUAGAGUUUUUUUCGUUAAUUUUGGAAAAUUAAUUAGAAUUUUUUAAUACCUCAAAAAACAUCUUUUUUGUCACUUAGCUCAGCAAUUAGAAAAUUGUGUAUUGUACGGACAGGCCGUCUGUUUCAUUCGAUACAGUAAUGACCCGAUUUGAAAAGUCCUUGGACAAACCCGAGAACGAAUCCCCAAAGAAAUUUCAAUAAAAAUGUCUGAAUUCUUAGACGAGUUAUUGGAUGAAUCCCUUGUGGAAUUCCUGUGGAAACUCUACAGUGACAGACAUUCGUUUAGCCGAGGCCAAAGCAAUUUCAAAAAAGUGUUCAGGAAACUCAUACAAAAGAUUUUAUGAUAAAACUUUUUUAUCGUAGUGAUAGUAUAACUAGUACUGUUUUUAAAAAAAUGUUAUUCAUCACACUUACAUAUACACUGAAACAAAAGCGAGGUUAAAAACCCUUCAAAUGUCAUUUUUUGCCUGGACAUUCGUUUAGCCGAAUUGUACAAUUUUUAGAAUUCCAUAAUAAAAAAAACUAAAAAUUUCGAAAAAUAUUGGGUGAUCUAGGUCAUCCAAACUACUCUGGAAUUCAUUUUCUUAAGAUCUACAACAUCUACCAUCAUUUGUGUUCAUUCUGUUCAUAAAGUUUAGUCACGUUGAUGUCCAUUAGACCUCGCAAUGCUAUGAGCAACUCGACAUUGUGGUAGUUGGACAUUCUGUGAAAUGGCCUCCAAAAUACUUUGAAGCUUGGGUUACGAUAUCUACAUACUGUAUCAUGCUUUAAUUGUAAAAAAUAUUCGUGGGAUGUAGUCUAUACUGCUGAUGGAGCCUCAGUGCACAACUAUAAUGCUUUUGGUACAUUCAUGGGGUAUUCCAGGCUUUCCAAACUAUUUUGGAAUUAGGACCUUCAAGUUCUACAGGCUCUACACUUGUUUCUGUUCACUCUAUCGGCAUAAUUCUUUCACGAUUGUGUCUCUAGCACCUCCUAAUAUUGCGAGUAUCUCUAUGUGUUGUUAUUUGGGUGUCCACUGGUAUUCAAUGAGAUCCAAUGUAUUUUGAAGUAUGGGUCGCAAUUUCUGUAAAUCUUAUGAUAUUUUUAUUGUAGCGAAUGUUCGCCGAAUAUAAUCUUCACUACUUUUUGAGCCUCGGAGUGCAAUUCUGAUAACUUAGCAACAUUAACUUGGUGAUCUAGGUCAUCCAAAUUAUUCUGGAAUUAAGACUUUCAAGCUCCACAAGCUCUACUGAAUCUCUUUACUUUAUCGGGGUAGCUUCUCCAAAACAUCCUUCAGGAAUUCUUCCAAGACUUUCGCCAAGAAUUCCUCAAAUAAUCUUUCAAGGUAUUCCUCCAAUUAUUCCUGGAAGAAUUCUUCCAGGAAUUUUUCAAGAAAUUAAUCGAAAACUCUUCCAGAGGUUCCUUCAAGUAUUCUACCAGAAAUUCCUACAAGAUUCCCUCAAGUAAUCAAGAAUUCCACCAGGAAUUUCUUCGAGAAUUUUUACGAAAUUCUCUCUAAAAAUUCUGGUAAGAAUUCCUCAAAGAAUCCCUUUAGGUGUUCUUCCAACAAUUUCUACAGGAAUUCCUUAUAGACUUUGGUCAAGAAAUUCUCCAAACAUUCCUCCAAGAAUUCCUCCAAGAGUUUCUCCAGGAAUUCAUCAAAGAAUUUCUCCAGUAUUCCGCAGGUAAUCAUCCAGAAGUUCUUUCAAAAAUUACUCCAGAGAUUCAUCCGAGAUUACUUUCAGGCAUUUUUCCAGAAAUUCCACCAGGAAUUUAUGAAGAAAUUUUUCAAGGAAUUCCAAAAGAAAUUACUUCAGGAAAUCCUCCAGGAAUUUCUCCAUUGAUUUUUUAGGAAAUUUCAAGAGUUUCUCCAGAAAUAACUUCAUGAAUACCUCCAGGAUCCUUCAGGGAAUCUUUAGUGUCUCCACAAGAAAAUACUCCUGAGAUUACUCUAAGAAUUCGUACGAUAAUUCUUUCAGAGAUAUCCUCAGUAAUUCUUCCAGAAGUUCUUAAGGAACUACGGCAAAAUUCCUCCCAAAAUUACUCAAGGAACUCCUUCCAAGAAUUCUUCCAGGAAUUCCUCCAAAAAAACCCUAUUUUUUUUUUUUUUUUUAUUCCUGUUCGGGUUUGUCACUGCGACCAGUUUUUGAAUCUAUUGUGACAUUACCCGUAUCCUUAGUGUAGUGCAUGUCGCAUUACUCAAUUGCCAUUGAGGGGCAAUAAAGUAUCGAUUUUGAUACAGUUUUUGUUUUGUUUUCUUAGAAAACAAAACAAGAGUACUGAUAUUGGCCAUGCAUCGGAAACCUAGCAUCACCCUUGUUUUACUGCUAAAUUCUCCCCAGGUUUAGGACCCGGGUUUUAACAUUAGCAGCAAUAUCAUUUCAAUAAUGGGACAUGUGUUCAGUAAUAAGGAUUCUAGUAUGUUCCUUGCGUACUAGCACUUCCCAGUCUUCGAAGAGUUAGUACAUACAUGGAUCCCUAACCCAAUUUGAUUUCCUUUGCAUUGAGUUUAGCCUCAGAUGGUGAGGUUUUUAACUAUAUGCAAAGUAAAGUUGGUAAACUUAGUUUUAUUCAAAGACUGGAAGUCAUCACAACACCAGUAGCAAGGACUAAAUACUAUAAUGCCUAUAAUUAUCAGAACACAUAUUCCAAAAUUGAAAAAUAGGACGACACUAGAUUUCGGUUUGGUAGAUCUAACACCGCAACGCAACCCAAAAAGGCGAUCUACCCACGCUACGGGCUCCGUUAAAGAUCGAGCAUGUUUUAAACCCCCUCAACCAUUCAUCCCUCAGCACGGGUCGCCUGACACCUUGGAUUGGGGUUACCUGUUUGGUGGACUUUUACCCCCGGAACAGGUGGUCCGUAGUGCUAUUCUAAGCCGGCAGCUACACGGACAAAAAAAAAACCCUAUAGGACCUUUCUUAAGAAUUUAACAAGGGUUCCUCAAUGAUUUCGGCCAAGAAUCCCUUCAGGAAUCUCUCCACAAAUACCUCCAAGGAUUUUGUCAAGAAAUUUCUUCAAGAAUUCAUCCAAAAAAAUCUAAAACCAACUUCUCCAGGAAACCUUCAGUAAUUCUUCUGGGAAAACUACAGGCAUUCCUCCGAGUAAUUGCUCCGAGACUUCUCCAGAAAUUUCUUCCUCCAGGAAUUUUUCCAAGAAUUUCUUUAGUAUUCCUAAAAAAACUUCUGCCAAGAAUUUCUCCAAGAAUUCCUCCAGAAAUUCUUUCAGAAAUUCCGACAGUAAUUCUGUUAACAAUUUCUCCAAAACCUGCUCCAAUGCUUCUGUCAAAAAUUCCUCCAAGAAAUACUCCAGGAAUUUGGGCAGGGAUUCCUUUAUAAAUUACUCUAGGAAUACUUCUAGGGAUUUUUCAAUAAUUACCUUCAGGAAUUCUACCAGGAAAUCCUUGUGAAAUUUCUCCAGAAAUGCCUACAGCAAAUUCCCCAGGGAUUCUAUCAAGAAAUCAUCCAAGAACUCCUCCAGGAAUUCCUCCAACAAUCCAGAAUUCCUGCCAGAAUACCCUUUCAUGAAUUACUCCAGGAUUACCUCCAAGACUUUUUUUAAAAAUUCCAUCAAGAUUUUCUCUUGGAAUUUCUUCAGGAAUUCCUUGAAAAAAUCUUUCUUGAAUUCCUCCAAGAAUUCCUACAAGAUUUCUACCAGGAAUUUGUCCACGAAUUUCUUGAAGAAAUUUCUGUAUAAAUCCUUCAGGAAUUCCUGGAGUACUUUCUGGAAGAAGUCAUGUAGUGUGAAGGAAUUUUUAAAGAACAUCCUGGGGGAAUUCUUAGAGGAAUUCCUGAAGGAUUUACUUGAAGAAGUCCUGAAGGAACUCCUGGAGGAAUUUCCGAAGUUAUUUUUUUUUUGUCAUUUUUAUUUCCUGGAGUAAUUUCAGGAGAAAUUCCUGGAAUAUUCCUUGAAGGAGUUCUUGGAGUACUUCCUGAAACAAAUCUUGGAGGAAAUCCUGGAGGAAUUCCUGGAGAAAACUUUGGAGUGUUUUCUGGAGAAAUUCCCGGAAUAUUUCUUGUAGGAAUUCCUGAAGUAUUUCCCGGAUUAAUUUCUAUAGGAAUUCCUGAAGUAAUUCCAGGAGGAAUCGUGGAGUAAUUCCAAGAGGAAUUCCUGAAGGAAUUACUGCUGGACGAAUUCCUGGAGGUAUUCCUGGUCGGAUUCUUGGAGAAAUUCUUACGUUUGGACGUUUUGGAGGAAUACCUGGCGAAAUUUGCUGGAGGAAUUUUUGGAGAAAUUCUUGGAGAAGUUCCUGAUGGGAUUCUUGAAAUAAUUAUAGUCAGAUGUCUUGGAGGAAUACCUGGAUGAAUACUUGGAGAUAUUCCUUGGGGAAUUCUUGGAGGACUUCCUGGUGGAGUUCCAAGAAGAAUUUAAUAAGGAUUACCUGAAAGAGUUCCUGGAGGAAUUCCUGGAAUAAUUCCCGAAGAAGUUUCUUGAGGAAUUUCGGGAGGGAUUUUCGGCGUAAUUCCUCAACAGUUUUCGGAGGUAUUUCUGAGGAAAUCCCUGACAUAUUCUUAGAGCUAUGUCAGGAGUUUUUUUUUGAGGAAUUACUAAUGGUUUCCUGAAGGAGCAUAGGGUGUUCGUGGAAGAAUUUGUGAAGGAAUUUUUGAAAAACUUUCCAAAAAAAUCCCUGGAAGAAUUCUACGAAGAAUUCCUGAAGAAGUUCCUGGAGGAUUUCCUGGAAUUUCUUGAAAAAUUUAUUCACGAAUUUCUGCAGAAAUCCCUGAAAAUAAUCUCGGAUGAACCCCUGGAGUAAUUUUUGGAAGAUUUUUGGACGAUUUCCUGGAGGUUUCGCGAGAAAUUCUUUGAGGAUUUUCUAGAGAAAUUCCUUGACAGCUUCUUGGAAAAAACCAUUGAGGAAUUCUUGGAGAAAUUCCUGGAGAAACUCUUGGAGUAAUUUCUGGAGGAAUGUUUGAAAAAUUUCUCAGCAGAAGUCUAUGAGGAAUUCCUGGAGAAAUUGUUGGAAGAAUAUUUAAAGGGAUUCUUUGAGGAAUUCUUGGCAGAAUUUUUAGAGAGAUAUCUGGAGAAAUUCUUGAAGAAAUUCCUGCUGGGUAGAGAUAUCGCAAAUCUAAGCACAUUGUUGGGCCUUUAAGGUCCUAAAAUCGCCAGUUUUAGUAGAAUAGCGAUAUUUUUUUUGUCGAAUAAAGUUUCAUGAUUUUUUGGCCCCAUACCAUUUUUGACAACUUUAGGUCCCUUGAGGGACCACUUAGCCUUGAGAUACGGACUUCAAAUUUUGACACGAUCAUUUCUUAAAAAAAAAGGAUCAUUUUCCACCUACGAACUUAUAACAUUUCCAAUUUCUGCAAAAUAAGGGACGGCCUAAUGUCCAACUGCCACAAUAUCGAGUUGCUCGUAGCAUUGCGAGGUCUAAUAGACAUCAACGUGACUGAAUUUCAUGAACAGAGUGAACACAAAUGAUGGUAGAUGUUGUAGAUCUUAAGAAAAUGUAUUCCAGAGUAAUUUGGAUGACCUAGAUCACCAAUUCAUGUACCAUGAAUAUUCAAGGAGUACUUUGAGGCUUUCUGAGUACCGUAGACUAUGUUCUGUGAUGAUGUGAUGAUGGGUUGUAAUGCAUUGCAUACAUUGUCAAGGAUCAGUGAAAACUAUUGGUGAUUAGCAAAGAUAACAUUUGAGUAAAAACAUGUAGAAUUUAUAAAAAUUAAAAAACAAAAACAAAGCCAUGUAUUUUCG